UGCCCCUGCCCUCCAGCCUUCUGUCCCGGCCAGGCUCUCCCUGCAGAGAUGGCCAGGCCCCUGUGCCCUUGGGAGUCCUCUUGACGGUCCUUCUCACGUGGGCCCUCAGCACCCCACCCUGGUGGGCACCGUCCCCUCUGACAGGGGCCCACUGAGGCACAGAGGGGCGUGGGGCCUGCCCACAGCGAAGUCCUUCACCGUGCGCUGGAUGUUCGCCUCCCUGUCGUCCUCUGUGCGGCUGGCUCGGGAGCGGGACUCGGCACACCCUGCGUUCAGGGCAGGCAGGAUGAAGAUGAGACGCUACAAGCUCUUUCUCAUGUUCUGUAUGGCCGGCCUGUGCCUCAUCUCCUUCCUGCACUUCUUCAAGACCCUGUCCUAUGUCACCUUCCCCCGGGAACUGGCCUCCCUCAGCCCUAACCUCGUGUCCAGCUUCUUCUGGAACAAUGCCCCCGUCACGCCCCAGACCAGCCCAGAGCCGGGGAGCCCCGACCUGCUGCGUACCCCGCUGUAUUCCCAUUCGCCCCUGCUCCAGCCACUGUCACCAAGCAGGGCCACCGAGGAGCUCCACCGGAUGGACUUUGUGCUGCCUGAGGACACCACUGAGUAUUUCGUGCGCACCAAAGCUGGGGGUGUCUGCUUCAAACCAGGUACCAAGAUGCUGGAGAAGCCCCCAUCGGGGCGGCCAGAGGAGAAGGCGGAGGCGGGGAAUGGCUCAUCUGCCCGGGGCCCAGUCCGGCACCUGCUGAGCGCCCAGGAGCGCGUGGGGAGUCGCGGCGGGCGGCGCAAGUGGGUGGAGUGCGUGUGCCUCCCGGGCUGGCACGGGCCCAGCUGCGGUGUGCCCACCGUGGUGCAGUACUCCAACCUGCCCACCAAGGAGCGCCUGGUGCCCAGGGAGGUGCCGCGGCGCGUCAUCAACGCCAUCAACAUCAACCACGAGUUCGACCUGCUGGACGUGCGCUUCCACGAGCUGGGCGACGUGGUGGACGCCUUUGUGGUGUGCGAGUCCAACUUCACGGCCUACGGGGAGCCGCGGCCGCUGAAGUUCCGGGAGAUGCUGACCAACGGCACGUUCGAGUACAUCCGGCACAAGGUGCUCUACGUCUUCCUGGACCACUUCCCGCCGGGCGGGCGGCAAGACGGCUGGAUCGCCGAUGACUACCUGCGCACGUUCCUGACGCAGGACGGCGUGGCGCGCCUGCGCAACCUGCGGCCCGAUGACGUCUUCAUCAUCGACGACGCCGACGAGAUCCCGGCGCGCGACGGCGUGCUCUUCCUCAAGCUCUACGACGGCUGGACCGAGCCGUUCGCCUUCCACAUGCGCAAGUCGCUCUACGGCUUCUUCUGGAAGCAGCCGGGCACCCUGGAGGUGGUGUCGGGCUGCACGGUGGACAUGCUGCAGUCGGUGUACGGGCUGGACGGCAUCCGCCUGCGCCGCCGCCAGUACUACACCAUGCCCACCUUCCGGCAGUACGAGAACCGCACGGGCCACAUCCUGGUGCAGUGGUCGCUGGGCAGCCCCCUGCACUUCGCGGGCUGGCACUGCUCCUGGUGCUUCACGCCCGAGGGCAUCUACUUCAAGCUCGUGUCGGCCCAGAACGGUGACUUCCCGCGCUGGGGAGACUACGAGGACAAGCGGGACCUCAACUACAUUCGGAGCUUGAUCCGCACGGGGGGCUGGUUUGACGGCACGCGUCAGGAGUACCCGCCGGCCGACCCCAGCGAACACAUGUAUGCCCCCAAGUACCUGCUCCAGAACUACAACCAGUUCCGCUACCUGCUGGACAACCCCUACAAGAAGCCCAAGAGCACGGCGGAAGGGGCGCCGCGGAACAGGGGUUCCGAUGGACAGCCGCCCGCCAGGGCCAAAUCGGAAGCGAUGGAAGGCUAAGGUUGUGCGAUCUUACAGGGCCAGUGGCAGGACAGCGGGUGGCGACUUCCGUCAUCUCCCUGACCCCAGAGGGGUUCUUGAGAGGACCAGGAGUGGAUGGGUGGGGGAAUCUUCCCUGUUCAAGCCCUUGUGACUCAGGGGUCAGGCCUGUGAGCUCAAAAAGCAUCAUUCCUUGACAGGAGAGGGAGCCCAACCCUUCUGCCCUCCAAGAGGGCUGUGGCCAGGUGGUGUCGGUGGAGAGUGCAUGAACGUUUCUGGGUGCCGGGGGAGGGUGGGGGAGGGCGCGGAGGAACUCCGUGCUCAGUGGAAGCUGAGGCCCCCUGGGGAGAAGCCCGCCAUUUGGCUUCUUGGUGUUUUGGACCUGCAGUUGGAAGGUACGUGCCAGGAGGUCCCCAGGCUCUGUAAAUAAUUGUUUGGGCCCAAGAGGAAGAGGGGACACCAAGAAAGGAGAGGAUAAACAAAGAGCACCCAGCUGGGAGUAGCACAGUGUCCUCAGAAGUGCUGGGCCAGAAGGAGCCCAGACCACCACCUGCCCGCCCCACAGGGGCACCACUGUGCCAGCUGUGUCCCCCAGCCCCUCCCAAGCCGACAUAGGGGUGGGGCCUGGGGAGUCUGGGCCUGGCUUUGAUGUUCCUUUUUACUUUCUACAUUGCUGUCUUGUGGGCUACUUGCUAGUCCCUGCAAGGCCAGGAGUUCAGUUCUCAGGGUGGCACAGGGCAUCAGCCAGCCUAGUAGGUGAGCCCCCGGGGCCCCCCAUCACCCCUUCCCACUGGAGUCCACAGCCCUGGCUCUCCACCAUCUGAGGUGGAGUUGCCCCUGUGCCCCUCUUUGGUGCUGGCUGGGGGCCAGGAAGGGGCCAUGAGGGACAUUAUGGCCAGUUGUAUGUUAUCUCAUUCCUCAUAGCAUGCCUCGUGAGGGCAGGAGAUGGACUCACGGAAGUAGAUUCUAAGCUGCUGUAAUUAAGAGACCCCGAAAUACAGUGAGUGGUUUAAGUGAGACAGAAGCUCGUUUUGGAUUUAACCCUCUGGAGGGAAGUGGUCUGGAUUGAGGAGGGCGGCUCUGCUCUCCUCACACACACCUUCCAGUUAUUGUUAGGGCACCUGCCCCAGUUCCCACCGGCACACGUGCACCCAGGCCUGGGGCCGGCAGAGAAAGGCAAGGGAAGCGCAGAGCCUUUCCUGUUAGUGGCGUGAGCCAGAGAUGGCAAAGUCACUUCUGACAGCAUCUUGCUGGUCACAGGUAGCUGCAAGGGAAGCUGAGCUGCCGUGAGCUCAGCGUCAACUUAGUUCUUUUACAUUACAGGAAGGCGGGUAUAGGGGCAAGGGGAGAGAGCGUAGAAACGACUGUUGCAGUCAUAAGAUCAUCCUGCCUUGUGUGGAGCUCCUGGAACAAUCUGCCCCCUCCCUGCCAGCCCGGGGCUGGGGUGCACUGAGAGCCUGCAGUUAUGGGAAGGGUGGGCCACUCAGUCCCUGAGGCCCCAGUAGAUGCUCACCUGAUAACACCAGGACGCAGAGGCUGCCUGUGGAAUGGUAUGUGUGUGUGUAUUUAUGGGCAUGGGUGCAUGCUUGUGUGUACUUACGUAUGUGUCUGUGUCGCUGUGUCCCUAUACAUAAUACUUGUGUGUGGAUGGCCCCCCUUCCUCAGAAUCCAGAGCCUGUGACCCCACCUUCUGCAGCUCCCCAAAAUGACUGAGGCAGAAAGCCCUUGGGGAGUCCGGAAAGCAAGGCUGAAGGGGUUGCAGGGGCUGCCCGUUUGUCUGUCUGUCAGUCUAAGGGAUGAGAACCCUUCUGAGCUGAAGGCUGCAUAGCUGCCCGCCCACCAUCUCCCAGCCCCUUGGGCCCUGCCCAUACCCUUCGGCCCUGUGCCCUCUGGCCCCCAGCAGGGACUUUCUCUGGGUGUUCCUGCAUGGGCUGGAGGAGGAAGGUGUCCCUUUCACCACAGCUCUGUCUGGAGAAGUUCCUGGUGUGGGUGGGGUGUGGCAACUGGCUGAGAAACAGUCUCUGGGGUAGGAAUGAAGAAGGCUGAGGGGGCUCUGUUGCCCCCACUCCCCCUCCUGUCUAGAAGGACCUCGAGGGAACCCCUCUCUUGGAGUUAUAGCAGCCCCCCUCUCUGAUUCCUCUUGGGGCUGACAAGUGGCUCAAGAGGUCAGCCACCAUCCCUGCUCACCACUGGACAGGCAGCCUCGGGGUUCCAGAGUCGUGCCUGAGCCCCAGCCCAGACACACCUCCCUGCCUGCGGGCUUUCUCACCCCACGCCCUCUCCUGCUAUUGCGGGGCGCCCCCUCCAGGCCGGUCUGCAGUUCAGCAGCUUGGGCGGGGGAAGAAGGGAGGAGCUCAGCCCCGCCUUUCCUUUCAGACCCAGGAGGGCAUGUUCAUGUCCACUGUCGAGUGAGGCCUAGCCAUUGGGUGGAGAUGACAGCUGUCAGAGGGGUGGGGGGCCAAGGCACGGGGUUGAAGAGUUUCACAUGUAAUCACAUCACAUGCUGGGAAUUUGGGGGGCAGAGGAGCCCUGGGCCACUCACCCAACGCGAAGGGAAACCAAAUUGUGAACGCGAGUGCUGGUGUUCCACUGGCCCUGACAACACACCCAGAAUUCUUAUCCCUGGGGCACAUGCCCUGGACCUGUAGGCUCAAGGAGGCCCAGCCCACCCUCAGGCCAUGCCGGGUCCCAGGGUCAGGUGUGGGAGAGCUUUGGGGGGCAAAGGUGACAGUUGGGGUCGGGAGACAGGACUUACCCACAAUGACAGCAGGGCCCUGGGAAAUGUAUAAUUUAAGGACACCAUUAUUUUUUUUGGAAGGGGAAAUUGAUAUGUACAUUCUGAAAUCAUUUUCUCUGUAAAUGGUUGGAUUUCAUUUCACCCUUAAAGGGAUGCUUAAGGUAAUAUUAAUAAUAAA